UUGCUCUCUCCGGACCGAAUUUUGGAGCGCGUUGGUGCAUUUCGUGAAUGGCGACCACAUUCCUUAGCGGUCAGUGAUAUAGCGCUUACCCGGCAUUCCACUCCUCGUGUUCUGUCGUGCUCGAAUGACCACACAGCGGCACUGUAUUCCCUCACCGCAAACGAAUGUCUCUUGAAGAUCGCCUGUGAUGUAGCUCUUGCAUCGUGUGCGAUUGAUCCUGCUGAAUGUCGGAUAUUCCUUGGUACGGCACGAGGACCCGUUGCUCAGCUUGAUCUCUAUGCUCUGAACAAAACUGAGCUGUCUGUUAUUACUGAGACAAGCAGCUCUGAUAGUUUGCCAACAUUCAGUGGUCAUUCGGCAGCUGUUGUGCGAUUGGAUGUCAAUCAAGACGGCUCGCUGCUAGCAUCCGGUGAUACCUGUGGUAAUUACGCCAUCUGGGAUAUCUUAAGUCGACAGUGCUUGCGAACAUCAUCUAUGAAAGGUACAUAUUCAAUGAUUGAGCCCGUCAUCGAGCCCUUUACAUUAUUUGGCAAACAUUUCGCAUUUUCAGUAAUUAGCGCCUUGCUUUAGUG